UUUUUUUUGUACAUUUCGUAGAUUAAUCUGUUAGGACACGCACGUUGUAUGUGAAAAAUGUUUCGAUGUAUUCUUUUUCUUAACAAAGAGACUCGAUGUGUCGAACGGAUGAUGCGUUGAAUAAAAGCAACAUCUCUCGUUCGUUCUGUCAUUCUUAAAGGUAAAUUCCAAGCUGGCUUUUUGGGCAUUACCGUACUUGUGAGAACAAGAUAAGAAAACUGCGUUGAUAUCGCGCAACCUAUCAUAAAUAAUAUACGAACUGUCUUUCUCAAUACGGACAACUCUGAAACAGCGACUGAUAUUCGGAUUGUAAAAUAUAUCGCAAUGUAGAAUAUAUAGCAAAUGGCGAAAAUUACAUUGUACCUGCUGCUAUAAAUUUACAUCGACACGAUCUUUGAUAUAUCACAAACGUAAUCAUGAUUAUGUCAUUUUAUAUAUACGUAUAUAUUUAUAUACACACUCCAUGUAUUCCAUGUAUGACUUAUCUAAUCGUGUUCUAUUGCAGAGGGUAGCUUUUUCGUACUUAAAAAAAUUUUAACCGUUUAUGCAUAUCAUCUCGUUAUCUGUGUUAAAAUGGUACACGUCAUUGUUAGAUGAUAACCGCGCAGAACGGCGCUAAGGGGGUCUGCAUUCGCUUAUCGCGUAGUUAUCGUUAAGUCGUCGUAAAGGUAGAAACUUAUUGUUUUUUCAGUUUUUAACGCUGAUGAAACACUGGCUGAAACUGACUAAAACUGCCUCAAUAAUUCCACUUGGAACUGCAAUUUCAUUGCAACGAACACAAGCAUUCUUCGUUACAAUGCACCGGGUGAUCGUCGUAUCGCAUCGAGAGUGAUCGCGAGUUUUUAAUGUAUUGAUCGACAUACAAGCUUACUUCUUAUCGCAAACGGCAAUUUGCAUGUGUUAUGCAACUUGCAGGAAAUUGCAUCAAGGACUGAGUUGGAUUUCUCACUGAGACUCGUACAUGUACCAGCGUUUAGUUCCAACGGAACAAAUUCAAGCGUUCGGAAACAGAAGCGUUUGGAUAAACGAUGGGUUGAUACGAGUCUAAAUACUUUCGUUUGCGUUCAGAUAUCGCUGAUCCGUUACGCAACGUUAGUGCGCUGUAAAACAAUAUGAACACCUUGCUUCGAACAGUAUACGAUGCUUUACAAAUCUGUACAGGUUCAGUACGCAAAAAUCCGUAUUACCGACUAUUAAUAUAUUGCCUUGGUAAUGAAGUUUUCUAAAAAUACAUCCACGUCGAGAAGAUACGAAUGAGAUGUGAAAAGCGACACUUUGUGUAUCGACUCCGGGAUCAUUUAUCAUCGUAAAUAAGUAAUAUACACUUGCGAUAAGCCGUGUGUAGAUUAAUAACUGCUACUACUAGGAGGAAAUUUCCCUCUCCGACUGUCUCUCGUAUCCAAGAUGUUUUUUCUGAUCCUGUUGCGUUCGUUCGCCGAUCGCUGUCGAGAUCUUGGACUCUUUGUUUAAGCUGAUUAUUGUUAAUCGUUGCUACGAUAGCACAGAACCGCUACUAUCGAGGGAAUAAAACUAGACACCUCAAGCACGCGUUUCGUCUUACAAUUAGACGGGGUAAAUCCACGUGACUCGAAAGCUGUACAUAGCUAUAUAUAUCUAUAAUGCGACUUAUUCAGGAUGCGGAUUGCUCCGGCCGCAUGCUGGCUACCAUCCUGGUCGCAUGGGUGACAACAGCGAUGAUAGCCUCGAUAUUACUGCAAUGGGAGCACAUGUGGGUUGUUUUGGUAAUAUUGACGCUACUUUUCUUCCUGGUUUGCGGAUAUACCGUUUACACCGUGAAAAGAACUCACGCGAGAAUUCUGAUCGAGCAACAAAGAGCGGCGAUUCGGACUAUCUCGGAUAUUACUGCCAAUCGCAGACAGGCAGGAUCGUCAGCAUAUGCAGUGCAUUCUUCUCCAGAUUUACCACCGUCUUACGCGUCUGUGACGACUGUUCAAGGAACAUCGAGGUCUACUCAGAUGUUAACGAGUAUCAACCCAUCCAGCGAGGACAAAUUCGAGAAUCCUCCACCGUAUUCCAUCGUAAUCGCAUCUAUAAAUGCGGCUCAAGAGCAAAACGUGGAAAUGUCAAGAGAACGGCACGUACCGUCCGUAUCUACAAAAAAAAACGAAGCUGCUGUUUUUACUACUUCCACCCUCGCCUCCGCGUCUCAAACGUACCCACAAUCGAGAUGAUUUAUAAUUAAUUAAAUUAGUCUUGUAGAAGAUGCAAAUGGGGUUCACAUUGAAAAAUACUGAAUCGUACGAAAGAUGAGUGAAUGAAUGAAUUUUUGAUAUGAUUACAAUUGAAAUUUUUUGUUCAAUAAAACUAUUGUUAUCUUGAAGAUAUCAUUGAUGACAAGAACUUCAAUGAGGAAAGUGACCGAUUAGAAUUUGUAUGAUAGAACAAAUGUUACGCGUUUAUCGUGGCUAAAAAAAAAAUCGCAACAUAUACCUGUUUAGAAAAUUGUAUUUCUAUCCGUGAUAUUUUCUUGGCACACGUAAAAUUUUAAUCGAAUUAAAUUUGUAUUUCCCGUAUUUUUAACAAACAAAUUUUCUACAAUGUUAUAUAUUAUAAAAAUACAUUAUAAAAAUUAUUUGUAAUUUUUAUAGCAUUCGCCAAAGUAAAGACUGAAACCAA